AUGAAAUUCCUUACCAUCGGCGCGCUUCUUAUUGGCACGGUGAGUGGCCUGGCAGCAGACCAUAUCAUCCAAGGAGCACGAAUCAUUCCAGCAAAGGAUACAUCCGCUUUGCAAAGAAUAGGAGCUCACCACCAGAAGUACCCUGAUCGGCGGACCGUGACUAUCCGUCCAUCGAAGAAUGACGCCGAUGAUGUGUCUACGGACUUCCUCUGGGGCAUCAAACAGGCCAACCAUGGUGGAAGACUGUUGCUGCAAAAAGGACAGACUUAUGUUAUCGGUAAAAAGCUCGACUUGAGCUUCUUGCACAACAUUGAGGUGCAGUUGGAAGGUGAAAUCAAGUUCACCGAUGAUGUGAAGUAUUGGCAAGCGAACCACUUUUAUUACGAUUUCCAGAAGUCGAUCACGUUCUGGGUAUGGGGUGGUCAGGAUAUCAAGAUCUUUGGAAAGGGCACCCUCAAUGGGAAUGGUCAGCAGUGGUAUAAUGAUUUUGCCGGACAGGAAAUCCUGGACCCUGACAACACAUUCUACCGGCCCAUCUUGUUCCUCACGGAUAAUGCGACACGGGUCAGCGUCGAAGGCAUCACGCAGCUGAACUCGCCCUGCUGGACUAACUUCUUUGUGCGCACCAACGACAUCUCCUUUGACAAUGUGUUUAUCAACGCCUACUCUACCAACGCAUCUGCCCUGCCAAAGAACACCGACGGGUUCGAUUCGCUGAACGUAAACGGUCUCACCGUGACCAACACUCGGGUGGACAUCGGUGACGACUGUUUUUCACCGAAGCCCAACACGACCAACAUCUUUGUACAGAACCUGUGGUGUAACAACACCCACGGAGUGAGCAUGGGCAGCAUCGGACAGUACUCUGGCGUCAAAGACAUUAUCGAGAAUGCGUACAUCGAGAAUGUGACACUUCUGAAUGGACAAAACGGAGCCCGCCUGAAGGCGUGGGCAGGCCAAGACGUCGGGUACGGGCGUAUCAACAACAUCACCUAUCGCAAUAUUCGUAUCGAGAAUACCGACAACCCGGUUGUGCUGGACCAGUGCUACUUCGAUGUGAAUGCGACCGAGUGCGCUCUAUACCCCUCCCAAGUUAACGUGACGAAUAUUGUGUUUGACAAUAUUUACGGCACUUCGUCUGGAGCGGAGGGCAAAGUGGUGGUAGAUCUGACUUGCUCGCCUAACGCAGUGUGCUCAGAUGUUCACCUAUCACAAAUUAACAUUACUAGCCCGGCGGGAAGCCCGGCCGAGAUUAUCUGUGAUGGGAUUCAUGGGGAUAUCGGGGUGAGCUGCCAAUCGAGCUCUAGCUCGAGCUGA